UUUCUUUACUUUUUUAUAUUUACAUUUCUUUAUUUCUUUACUUUUUUUUUUCUCUUUCUCUUAUUUUUCAUACAAAUGACGCGUAUUAAUGUGCUCAAUUACACCAAUCCAAGAUAUACAAAAGCAACCAUACAUCCAGCGGACAGAAGACGACCACCGACAAGUAUACAACCAAUCAACAAAGAAGAAUGCUUGUUAUACAUAAAAAAGACCUUUCCAAAACGCCUUUCAAGAGAAAUUUAUUCAGCUGUUCAAAAAAUGUCCAAAUCAUCCAGAAAACAACAACCUACAAAGGACCAAAUCAAAACAAACUAUGUGGCCAAUGAACAAGCAAAAUUACUUCGUCGAAAAGGGUUGACCAAAAUAUACAAUGACACUGUCGAUGAAUGGAAUGCUGAUCAUCCCAACGAUCAAAUUAACAAUGCGGUAGUUCGAAAGUGUGUGGACUCGGAGAGCAUUGCAUAUCAUCCUCUUUGGUUCGAUUAUAUUCGAGAAAACAUUGACCAGGUGAUAGACGACCUUCUACAUAAAAACAAUCCUGAAGUAGCUGCGACCAGCACUGUGGCGAAAACAGAAUAUGUAUACCGGACAACAUCAACAACACUUAAGAAAUGUCUUCGAUCUGACCUAGAAGAUAGCGAAAAGAAGAUAAUCAUGGAAACCAUCGAAAUGGCAAGAUUGAAAGUGACAACGGCUAUGGCGGAGCUAUCGACUAUAGUAAAGCUGGACAUGGAGAAAAGAACAACUGGCGCUGCUGUCAAUUUAGAAUCUAUUUUUCCUGUACAAUCGCAAGAAACAGACGACCACCUCUUUCUUUCACCGCCAUCACCAAGUGUAAAGAAGGGGAUGACUACACAUACCUAUGACAGUGCGGAAAAACGAAGAAUAUUCGACCUCUACUCAGAUCAACAUAUCAUGCACAUAUAUUCCUUACUUAAUCAACAACAUCAACCAUCAUCAUCAUCAUCAUCAUCAUCAUC